CGCCCGCCCGGGCCGCAGACGGCGCGCCGCGCAGCCCAGCCGAGCCUCGCGGGGCUGUCCCAGCCUCACCCAGCCUGCCGGGCGCCCGGGCCUGCGUGCGACCCCUGCGGCAGGGCCCGCACCCAGCUCCGAGGACCCGGCGUGCGCGCCGCGCUCCCCGAUCCCCCCGCGUGUUCCAGGGCUCUGGAAGCCACGGGCAUGAUGCUUCGGGUUCUGGUGGGGGCUGUCCUCCCUGCCAUACUGCUGGCUGCACCCCCACCCAUCAACAAGCUGGCACUGUUUCCGGACAAGAGUGCUUGGUGUGAAGCUAAGAACAUCACCCAGAUCGUGGGCCACAGUGGCUGCGAGGCCAAGUCCAUCCAGAACAGGGCGUGCCUCGGACAGUGCUUCAGCUACAGUGUCCCCAACACCUUCCCGCAGUCCACAGAGUCCCUGGUGCAUUGCGACUCCUGCAUGCCAGCCCAAUCCAUGUGGGAGAUUGUGACCCUGGAGUGCCCCGGCCAUGAGGAGGUGCCCAGGGUGGACAAGCUGGUGGAGAAGAUUCUGCACUGCAGCUGCCAGGCCUGUGGCAAGGAGCCCAGCCACGAGGGGCUGAGUGUCUACGUGCAGGGCGAGGAGGGGCCAGGCUCCCAGCCUGGUGCCCACCCCCAUCCCCACCCCCACCCCCACCCUGGUGGGCAGACCUCUGAGCCUGAGGAGCCUCCUGGAGCCCCCCAUGCUGAGGAAGAGGGGGCUGAGGACUGAGGCCCCUAAGUCUUCCUCCCCACUCAUCCCCCUGUGGAAUGUUGGGGCUCCCCCUCUGGGGAAGAGUGAGGGGAGAUGCACAAGCCCCACCUUUGGCACUGGAUGGACUUGGAAUCAGACUUGGACUUGGAAUGCUGCCCGGUUGCCAUGGAGAUCUGAAGGGGCGGGGUUUGGAGCCACGCUGCACAAUUUAAUAUAUGUAAGAGUUGGGGGGUGGGAAGCAGAGGUCUUCAGGGCUCUUUUUGGAAGGUGGGGAGUACCUUUCUUUUCUGCCUUCUAGAGAUGUGCCCUUUGGAGGGGGAGGAAGUUGGCUAAGCUGCUGAGGAGAGGGUGAGGCCCUCCAAGAUGGUGAGCCCAGGCUGGGGCCCCCGCACAGCCCCUGGUGGGGCAGGAUCCCCAGGUCACAGGGGAGCUGAGGGUGGGCAUCAGGCCAGCCUUUUCUUUGUAGGAGAGGCUGGGCUAGGAAGACCACUGGCAGAAGCAGGAACUCCAGCCCAAUACUUACCCAAAGGCCAUCCCCACCCCCCAUCCCCAGAGCAGCGUGCUCUCCUGGGGCACGAAAUCCUCCUCAAUGGAGUCAUUAGGGAGUCAAGCCAGGGCAGGACCCUGCUGAUUCCGGGCACCAGAAUGGGAGUCAGGCAUCUGGGCCUAGCUGUGGCUUCCUCAGUUUGCCUCGUGUUGUGGGGGGUGGACAGUGGACAGAGGGGUGAAGAAGAGUGCUCCUGGCUAGGGGGAGGAUGCGAGCCCCCAGCCCAUCACCAAAGAAGGUCAUACCUCCCUUCUCUGCCUCUUAGAGAUCUCAGUGUCAAUCACUUCCCCACAUUCUAGACCCCUCAGGAUGCUGACAGAGCCAAUCCCCUCUGUCUUGCUCUGUAUCUGACACCGGUGGGUGGGGGUUGUCUCCCUUACCUGGAGUGGACUCUGACUGAGCCUCUAGGAUCAGCAGGACAAGGAGACCCCUGUGGGAGGCCCACAUUGAGCUUGGCUCUCUUUAGUUUCCUAGUUCUGCGCCCCACUCCCAGCUGCACUUUAACCCUAGAGUGACGUGGGACCUGGGGGCCGGGCCGGCAGGCAGGCAGGUGGGAAAGAAGAUCUCUGUCUCCUGUCUUGGUGCACUGCUCAUUUGUGCCCAGGGCUCUGCCAGCCCACCAGCCCACCUGGGAGUGCCCUGGUCCACGCUGUUCCGAAAAAAGCUUCCAGAGCUUGUAACCAGUAGACAUCUCCCUGACUGACCGAGUCUUCUCACGAAUAAAUGCCUUUAUUGACA